CCAGCUGCUGGUUGGAGUUGAGGCAGCCCACACUCGUGAAUACGUAUAUUGGUUGGUCACCAAACUUGAAAGGGCUUCCACCUAACCCCCGAAGCCCACCUCUGGAGUCUGGAGUGUUUUAGAAGUUCAGCUCAUUAAAAGACUUCCAUCCUUCCUUGCAGUAACGAUUACAGAGCAGCUGUAGACGCAGACAGAGUUGAGCAGCGGAGAUGGAGGAGGCCAAAGGUGAAGUGAGGCACGUACUCCUAGCCAAGUUCAAAGAUGGGCUCUCAGAAGAUGAGAUUGACCAACUCAUCAAGGGCUACGCCAAUCUCGUCAAUCUCAUCCCACCUAUGAAGUCUUUUUCAUGGGGUAAGGAUGUGAGCAUUGAGAAUUUGCACCAAGGCUUUACUCACAUCUUUGAGUCCAUCUUUGAGAGUACCGAAGGGAUUGCUGAGUAUAUUGGUCAUCCAGCUCAUGUUGAAUAUGCUAAUCUGUUGCUCCCUCAACUAGACAAAGUCCUUGUCAUUGAUUACAAACCUACAGUAGUCCAUCUUUAAAUAUUUGGGCAGAAAUCUUCUUCAUUCAACACCCUACAAACUUUACUAUGCAUUCACUUGUAUCAGAAGCUACUUGCUGUUGAAUGAUGCUCAAGCAGCUCACCUUUUCUUGGUACUGUUUAAGAUAAGCACCUGUUUCUGCUUUGGUAUACAGUUUCCUUGACCCAAAAAAAGAAAGGAUAAACAUUUGAAUUAUACUUCUUUUGGCUGGACUUGCGAACUAAUAUAUGUUUUUAAAUAAAAUCACAUGUUUUUCGGAUC